GCGGCGGAUCACGUGAUGAUGCGCCGUGCCCCAGCCCGGGAGGAUGAGGUGCCGCUGAGCUCUGAGCCCCGGACGCCGAGCCGCAGGACGGCGAACCCGCAGCCCGGGGCCGCGCUGUGUGGAGCGGAGGCCUUAGCCCCGUCCUGCGGCGAGUGACAGCUCCAGUGAGGUGGGGGCCGCUGGUCGGUGUCGCGGGCUUCCGGCGAAGGUCACAGGAUUUCGCGUUCUUUCCCAGAAGAAAAUGCCGUCAAAUAAAUCCGUCUCGGACGCUCCGAUUAUUCAGUUCCACAACUGUCGUAUUCUGAAAGACCACAAAUUGCGGAGAGAGGACCUGUGGAUCCGAGAAGGAAAGAUCCUUAAUCCAGAGAAGUUGUUCUUUGAUGAGAAAGGUUCGGCAGAUGUGCAAAUUGAUUGCAAAGAGAGAAUAAUCGCUCCGGGAUACAUUGACGUACAGAUUAAUGGCGGAUAUGGAUAUGACUUCUCCUUGGAGACAGACAAUGUGAAUUGUGGCAUCUCUGUGGUUGCUAAGAAACUGCUGUCAACAGGAGUGACCUCUUUCUGCCCCACGAUCAUCACCUCUCCAAUAGAGGUCUACCAGAAGGUGCUUCCUCAAAUCCAGCUGCAGCCAGGCGGGCACCAUGGAGCAGCGGUUUUGGGUGUGCACCUGGAGGGGCCGUUUAUCAGUGAGCAGAAGAAAGGAGCGCACCUCUCACAGAACAUCCGCUCCUAUAAAGCCAGGGGCUUCCAGGACCUGCUGGACGUGUACGGUUCUCUGGACAAUGUGAGCAUCGUUACCCUGGCCCCCGAGAUGGAGAGGAGCGAGGAGGUCACCGGCGAGCUGGUCAGACGGGGGAUACGGGUGUCGCUGGGGCACUCUAUAGCCAGUCUAUCACAGGCAGAAGCAGCCGUGAAGCAAGGAGCCACCUUUAUCACCCACCUCUUCAACGCCAUGUUGCCUUUUCACCACAGAGACCCAGGUAUUGUGGGGUUGCUGACCAGUGACCAGAUUCCUGAUGGGCAGAUUAUGUUUUAUGGGCUGAUUGCUGAUGGCAUUCACACCAACCCUGCAGCACUGAGGAUCGCUCACCGUGCUCACCCCUCAGGUCUGGUGCUGGUGACUGAUGCGGUUGCAGCAAUGGGUCUCCCCACUGGCCAGCACACAUUGGGGCAGCAGAUUAUACACAUUGAUGAGGAGCUUCACGCUUAUGUCGCAGGAACCAAGACACUGUGCGGGAGCAUUGCCACCAUGGACUUCUGUGUACGGCACUUCUGGCGCGCAACUGGCUGCUCGGUUGAGGCUGCGUUGGAAGCGGCCUCGCUCCACCCGGCACAGCUCCUGGGGAUCGACAGUGUCAAGGGACAGCUUGAAUAUGGCAUGGACGCAGACAUGUUGUUGCUGGAUGAUGAGCUGAACGUGAAAGCCACGUACAUUGCAGGCCAGCGUGUCUGGAAGAAGAGUUGAUAGACACAACAGCAGCAGUACAUGUCCUGCAGCGAAUUGUCCUAGACUGAAAAUCCGGAAGGAAUGUCCCAGGACUGCACUUUAGACACUCAUUGAUUGUCCAGAGCUGAUAAUGGACCCUCCUCUGCUCUCACUCCUGUGCGUUGAAUUCACAGCUCCACAAAUUUUUUAAUUGCUAUAGAUCGGAUUUUAUUUUAAACUUGCAUCAGUUUUCUCUUAUCUCCUGUUUUCCUUUCUCCUUCUAAGGGUGAGUUUGACAGCCCCACUCCACACCAUACCUCAGGCGAGUGGCCAUUAUUUAUGUAUGAGUGAGUCUCUGUCCCCGAGGCCUGGGAGAGGUCAUUCUGGAUAAGGGAAUGAAAUAAUUCAGACAACCAUCGAGCAGAUAGGAAGGAUCUUUAUUUUAUUUUGCCUUCCAACACUUCCAGCCACUAGAUGUCACUCUCCACAAAUAUCCACUUUAAUGCUUUUUUUAAAAUUUUAUAACUUGGGAGAUAAAUCAUUUUGUGUUUCAUUCAUUAAAGCAGUGUGAAUCUACAAAA